AUGAUUGAAGCGACCGGUAUGGAGCAUCUGCAACCCGGCACCAGGCACCCCGAUCCAAUGGAUAUUUCGGAUUCAUCAACCACGGGAGCUUCUCCUCGUGCUUCCACUUUUCCCGAACUCCUCCCUUUCGCUACAUUUUCUUUGACGCAGACUCCUUCCUUCCACAUGGGGGCCGACUGCAGCUUGCUUCUUAGCCCGGUUUCAUCUGUGGCCUCACCGCCAAUGCAGCAUGUUGUGAAGCAAUACGCCAUCUUCUCCGACACCGCGCUCGCCCAUCUACCUAGCCCUCCCAACAGUGGCAAGAUCUUUUACCCGCAUUGGAACACGAGCUUUGCUAUGGAUCAAGGACCCGGCCCUAACGACGACGUCGCGAUUCCCCCAGAAUUCUAUAUGCAAGAGCGUUGCACUCCAGAUCCGGAGUCGUUUCUCGGCAAUUACAAUCUGGCUGAUGCGAGCCAGACGGCCCUGAACCAGCCUGCUCACUACUUUGCGCCCGUCCCUCAUCUCGGCAGCAACGGCCCUCCCAUGGUGCAUAGCGGCACCGUGCAGUCCGGGGAUAGCCAAAAUACACUAGCGACUUCGUCUGAAGUGAAGACACCAGGCGACGCGCCCAUGUCUGAGAUAGUCACUCCGACGAGAACUUCGAGGAAGCGCUCGGUUCCCACUACUCCAGAGGCGAAGAAGGAAGAUGACAAUUCUGAGUCGCACGACGAUACAGACUCUGACGAGGCUUAUUCUAGCUCGCGACGCGAUAGCAACUCCGAAGGCAAAAAGCCGAGGAAGCGUGCGGCUCCAAAGAGGCCUAGCGCCUCGCGCACCCCUCCAGUCGAUAUUUUGGAGUAUCAGAACUGCUUUGGUGAUCUUGUUGCACCUCAGCUCAAAGACAAUUGCCCUAAAGAAGAACGCUGCAUCUUCAUGUCACGAUGGAAACACCGCGAGAAGAAGGGUCAGGACAUGUGGGACAGCAUUCAGGAAGACUUCUACAACGAGUUUCAGAAGGAGUCAUGCAAGGAGACACUUCAGAUGAAGCUUACUCGGGGCCGCCCUAGGUAUAUUCAAUGGACGCCAGAGGAUGAAGGCAUUCUUAUGCAAGCAUGGAUGAACGUUGAGCGCAGUCGAUACAAGUUCAUUAUGGAAGAGUUUUACAAGCUCGGAGGCUCACGCAACAUGCUCCUCAAUCCUGGAGACAUUGAAUUCAAGGCAGUUGUUGACCUUGGGCUCGAGGAGGAACUCUAUGUCGAAGGCAUCAACGAGAUGGAGAUUCGGCGUCGCUGCCGAUUCUUGGCGGGCAAGAAGAAGGCGGGAAACAGAAAUGCGGAAGAGCCAGGCAUCUCAUACAGGGGCCCCUCCCUGCUUGGUCGGGUGAUUGACGAGGACGAAGUGAUUGACCAAGUGGUGGCCCAGCAGCUGAGCGGAGCGACACGCAAACCCUUUGCAACGCGACGCAAGCGCCAAAACGCAAAGCCGACCAAAGGCCCAAAGAGGCUCAAGGUGGAGAGAGAAUAA